AUAUCUGGUGUCGAAUCGCCUCCAAUUUUACUGCAUACAAUAUGUAAUGCCUGGGCCGAAAAUCCUGAAAUGCGGCCUACAUUCCAUGACAUUAGUAAAUCUUUAGAGCAGAGUAUGCACGACAGAGACGUGGACUAUGUAGACCACAUAACCAGAAUCAUGGAAGAAUGCUCGGCAGAACUUGAAGCUCAGGUGGAGCAUAUGACAAAAGACCUACAGGAGGAGAAACAGAAAACUGAAACGCUAAUUAAUAGCAUGUUACCGCGUUGUGUGGCGCAGGACCUGAUAGGUGGGAAUCCGGUUCCUCCAGAGACUUUUACUCAGGCCACAAUUUACUUCAGUAAUAUCGUCGGUUUUUCGCAUAUAAUUGCAAAAUCGGCAGGUUAUCAAAUUUUUGACUUCCUGAACGACCUCUACUCUGCCUUUGAUACUGCAAUCCAAAUGUUUGAUGUCUACAAGGUGAGCUACUUAGCGUUUUGGCAAACGUAG